AGGGAGAAAUCUUUAUUGCGCAUGAUAUUUUUGAAAUGCUUAUGCCUAUUAAGCAUGCGUGUAUUUAAUAAGUGCGAGUAUAGCAAUUUCGCUUUUGAUCUCCCGCGCCAGAGGCAACUUUUUGAUGUGGGCAGUAGAAGGCGCCACUUAAUAGGAGCAGAAAGGAAGUGGAGGCCAAGACGACUACUUGGAUCAUUCGACUGGCAACAGAUGGCAGCACGUCACGGCAACGUGUUUCAUUAGCGUGUUUUCGUCUCUCGUCGUUGCGCUGUAGCAAAUAAAAAAAAAAAAAAGGACUAGAGUUGGAAAGAAAAAAAGAAAGAAAAAAGAAAGGAGCAAAACAUAGGAGCGGCGCAUCAGUCACUGCGCGCAUUGGCGCAUGUGGGCGCGACGCUGCGAAUGAGACACUCACGCGCUAACUUUUUCAGUAGCACUUCGGCUCACACAGUAGCGAGGACCGGAUUUUCUUACGAGGAAAAGGUUUUGCGACGGCCCUGAACUGAGAUGGCUGUACUUUUCGGAAUACCGGACUGGGUCGUCUUGAUAUUGACGCUGGCAGUUCUUCUCUACUUUCGCGUAUCCCGAUAUAAAAACCACUGGAAGAAGCAGAAUGUUCCGCAUGAAAGCUACGCCCUGAUUUUCGGUCCAAUGCUCAGGAUUACGAGAAAGCCUUUUCACGAGUUGGACCUAGAGCGCUACAAGAAGUAUGGAAGAGUUUACGGCAUGUUUGAAAGUGGAAAGCCGUCGCUCUUUGUAGCAGAGCCUGAACUCCUCAAGCAAAUCCUCUUAAAAGACUUCCUUGUCCUUCCCAACAGACGUAGCGUUAAUUUCUUCGAGCCGUUAUUUGACUACAUGCUCAGUGUGAUCCCUUACCCUCGAUGGAAGACGAUACGAAAGUACUAUUCGCCAGCGUUUACCUCUGGAAAACUUCGCAAGAUGGAGCACCAAAUCGAAGCCUGCACCAAGUCUACGAUGUAUCAUCUUCAGAAGGCAGCUGAGGAAGAACGAGAUCUUGAACUGGGACAUUUCUUCGGUAACUUCACCUUGGACUUGAUUGCACGCUACGCUUUUGGAACCCACUUGGAUUCCCACUCUGACCAGACGAAUGAUUUCGUCACUUAUGCCAAGAAGGUGUUCGGCAAGGACUUCUCAGUGUCGCUCAUCGUGCACUUUCUCCUGCCAGGAGUAGCAAAAUUCUUCAGGUUGAAGUUUUUCAACCCAGACACCCUUGAAUACUUUCGGAGCCUGUGCCAGCGUGUGAUUAAAGGCCGCAUUGAUACAAAGAUCAGGCAAGAUGAUUUCCUACAGCAUAUGAUCGACUGCCAGCAAGGCACAUGUUCGGGAGACACUUCAAAGGAAGUAGCUGAUACAGAGGAAAGAAUAUUCGACGUAGAUUCGAAGUUGGCGGACACAGAGGACGUUCCGUCAAAUGCAUUGAGCGAAGAGGAAGCCAUGGCCCAAUGCUUCAUGUUCUUAAUUGCGGGCCAAGGAACGACAUCGACCCUGGUUGCCUUCACGCUUUACAUGUUAGCCUUGAACCCGGACGUCCAGGAGAAGCUUAGGGAGGAAGUCGACCUCUGCGUUAAAAAUCACGGUGAAUAUCCAGCGAUGGAAGUUGUGGCAAAGCUUGAAUACCUGCAUGGAGUAAUAUCGGAGAUGCUGAGGAUGUUCCCCCCAGCGUCAAGACUCGAGCGAGAAACGACCCAGGACUAUGUGCUCGGUGACACGGGUAUCAAGAUUCCAAAGGGCUGCGUGAUCGCAGUACCUUUGUACGCCAUGCACCACGACCCCGAGUACUUUCCUGACCCCUUUGUAUUUCGGCCAGAAAGGUUCAUGGGAGAGAACGCCACAAACAUACGGCCUUACACGUACUUGCCCUUUGGAGCCGGUCCUAGGAAUUGCGUAGGAAUGAGACUGGGUCUACACGCCGCCAAGAUGGCCGUCCUGCAUGCCGUCCGCAUCGCGCAGUUUGUGCGCACAGAUAAAACAAAGGUGCCUUUGGAGUUCUUUAAAGGAUUUGGCGUCAUAUCCUCCUCAGACAUAACAGUUGGCGUUCGCAAACGUGCUGCUACAAGCAAAUCAGCACACGUGGUGCUACGGACUCGCUCGCAUAAAAAAAGUUUGAUCCGCGCAGAAAGGCCUCAUAUGAGGAUAGUCGAUAUGUCUUUGCUAAGUUACUUCGUUUGUUACGACUGGCUGUUCUUAGCCAUUGCCUUUGGCGUUAUUCUAUACCUCCGAGCAGCCCGCCACCGCAACUACUGGAGAGACCAGAAUGUUCCACACGAGAAGUUUUCCCUCUUCUUUGGUCCUCAGAUGAAGCAACUCUUCAAGCCGCUUUAUGUUGUAGACCAAGAACUCUGCAACAAGCAUGGGCGCCUAUUCGGGUCCUUCGAAGAUGGGAAGCCGGUGCUUUACGUAGCUGAACCUGACCUCCUCAAGUUGAUUCUGGUUAAGGAUGCUGGGCUGACUCAGAGGAAGUUUUCUCAGUUCGAUGACCCUGUCUUGGCCAAUCUUAUGCUGAAUGCUGAAUAUGACCAGUGGAGAAAGCUUCGUUCAGCAACGUCGCCUGCUUUUACAUCAGGAAAACUGCGAAAAAUGCAAGCCAUCAUCGAUAGCUGUGCUGCAGUCACAUCGGAACGUCUGAAAAAGGCCGCAGCUGCAUCAGAAGACGUCGACAUGAAAGGGUUCUAUGGCCACUUUACCCUGGACGCCGUCGCAAGCUGCUCCUUCGGUUCUAAGCUAUCUCCGAAUUCUCCAGAAGAAGGAUCAUUCAUUAGGAAUGCAAGAAACGCAUUCUUUGCGGAAGUAACGCCGUCUGUUAUGCUAAAAGCACUUAUUCAGAAACUCGGCGAAACGUUCCGCAACCAUGUCUUCAACGCCAAAGCAUUCGAUUUCUACAAGAACGCAACAGUAGAUAUCAUCAAAAAACGUGAAGAUAACAAGAUUCGGCAUGAAGACUUCCUGCAAAUGAUGAUGAACGCCAAAGAAGUCGCAUUACAAAAUGCUGCGUCUGGAGAUAAAGCUCUUUCGGGCUCCGAGUUUGACGGUUCUGCACAGAAGCCUCAGGAUGUUAAAAACUUGACUGAAGAAGAGGCGUUGGCGCAGUGCGUCUUGUUCUUCCUGGCUGGUCAGGACACGGCUUCAACCACAGCGUCGUUCGCUUCUUAUCUGCUGGCAAUCAAUCCGCACAUACAGGAAAAACUACGAGCCGAAGUCGACGACUGUUUUCGGAAACACGGCAGCUCGCCGUCAUACGACGCGGUUUCAAAACUUUCGUACUUGGACUGCGUGGUGAACGAAACAUUGCGAAUGAUGGCGCCCGCCGCAAGGAUCGACAGGGAAUUUCUUCGGGAUUACGUGCUCGGCGAAACAGGAAUCAAGAUUUCCAAGGACUGCACCAUAAUAAUACCGAUACAAUCAAUUCACAACGACCCAGAGUUCUUCCCAGAGCCGCACGUUUUCAACCCUGACAGGUUCAACGAGGAAAAUAUCAGCUCUAUCCGUCCAUACACUUUCCUGCCAUUUGGUGCGGGCCCGCGAAACUGCGUUGGAUCGAGGUUCGCAUUGCAGCUUGUCAAAACUUGCCUUCUCCAUGUCGUCCACAACGUGCGGUUUGUCAAGUGCUCCAAAACAACGGUUCCUCUUGAAUACCGACCAGGAUACGGUAUUUUGCAACCCAAGGACCUAGUCAUCGGCAUCAGAGAAAGGAGCAGCUAGUCGGCAUCACUGACCCCACUUGCAUGACGGGUCAGAAAAUGAAGUUAGGUAGCGCUUUGGUUGCCAUAUCAAGUGUCAAACACUGCUUAAACGGGGCGCACCUACCCAGCUGACCUCUUCUGGAUGUACGCUCUAUCUGUGCUCUUCUAAUGCUAGGGGCAUAUGAAAUUCUUCACCAACUCCUUAUAUAGAUUAAAUGACUCCAACUGGAGAAGUAUACAAAUCGCAGCAUAAUUUUGCCGCUGAAAGCAUUUGCGCGAAAAAAAAUAUUCGCAAUGGUUUUAACUAUGCUAAGAUACCGGUGUCUCGGUGUACCGAAAGGUCGUAAAGAAAAACCGAGAACAAGCGAGAGGUUCUGUGUCGGUAGAUGGCAACAGCACUCCACUCGUGCCUAACUAGUUUUAUCGAUGGCCAAGUGGAUGUGCGAACGCGGUUUCAAAAUUCAAAGACAAUGUCUUUCUUAGCAGAUAAAAAGCUUGCCAUUUGACAAAAACGUGAGUACCCAUACAACGCUACCGAGGGUGCACCAUAAUAUGCCCCGGGCUUUCUGAGACUUUCGUUAUCGUGAAAGUUAUUUCAGAUUUCAGAAGUAACUGUUGGCCCUUUCUUGUGUUUCACUACUUCGUGUUCGUUCGGCGUAUGCGGCCGUGGUGUGGGUGUUGCAACAGGCAGGGUUUGCCUGGCGUACUUGGCCGUCAAUACCGCCUAAACAGGUGUUUCAACAAACGUUACAAACAUUUGGUACAAAGCUAACCUUCGCUUUUUUAUGCUUGCAUCACUAAAUUAAUGGAUACGUGGUAGAUUUUAACUGUCUCAAGCAUUCUUUUUUUUUAUGCACUGACUUUAUUUAUGUAAAACCACCUAAUAAAGGGAUCCCUUCUGCAAUGCCUACGAGAGCUAUGAGGGCACAUCUUGAUCAUACACCCAACGACCCAACUCUUCGUGCAAUAAAGAACUUGUGAACUUGA